AUGAAAUACCUGUGGUGUGGUGUAAAAUGUAAAUAAAUAUUUUCUCAAGAUUUAAUCAUACAUUUAAGUGCAAAACUAAAAUACCUCUGAAAAUAUGGGACCCUUCUCUCUAUGUAGAAUUUGUCUUGAAGAAGGUGCCAACCACCCAAUAUUUAAAGAAGGCACAAGUACUGAAAUUUAUGAAAAACUUACAAAAUGUUUAUUGGAUAAGAUUGAAGAUAUUGAAGGAUAUCCUCGUAACAUUUGUGCCACUUGUAACAAAACUAUCUCAGUAGUAUAUGAUUUCGUAAACAAAUUCCGGGAAACCUGCAAAAUUCUUGAAAGUGGUUUACUUUAUGUUAAACAGGAGAAAAAUGAAUGCAACAAUAGUCAUAGUUACACUGAAAUGUAUGCUGAUGAAUUUUUGGAGACAGACAGUGAAGCUGAAGAUUCUAAACAGGAGUGUAAAGCUGAACCUUUUAGUGAAUCUCUUAUUGAAUUCAUUCAACCACUGAAAUUGAAAAUCAGACCAAUUUUCAAACCCAAAGCCUGUGCGGAUAAAAAGAAACGAAAAACGGUAACAAGAAGAGUUUGCAAAAAAACAAAGCCAAUUGCUUCUUCCAUACUUGAAGGAAUUUUUACAUGGACUGGAGAAAUAUGGUGCAAAUCAUCAGAGAGUGAUAACAAUGGAAAAGCAAUUAAAGAAGUAAUAAAAACAAGAAGACAGCCAAUAAUUAAAAUAGAGAAACCUCCUAAAGAAAAGAAGCUACAGGCAAAGGAAGGUAAACUUUGUGACCUCUGCGGGAGCAUAUUCAAGACCCAAGAUAAAUUGCAGCGCCAUAGAAAAAAAGUACACUUUCCAAAAAAGCUAAAAUGUCCAAACUGCCCUAAAAUAUGCCAAUCCACAUUUUACCUUAACAAACAUAUCAGACGGCAACAUGGAGAGAAAAAUUUCAUGUGUAGUGCAUGUGGUAAAAAUUACGCUUUCCAAAAUGAACUCAACAAUCACAUUAAAAAUGUACACAAUAAAGCUAAAUAUCCUAAAAAGGUGUUUGCGUGCACAAUGUGUGAUAAAACUUAUGCCUGCCAGAAGUCUGUGAUUAUUCAUGAAAGAUCUGUACACACAGGUCUGCGACCAUCCAUAUGUAGUAUAUGUGACAGUGCGUUCUACCACGAAGAUUACUUAAAGGAGCACAUGAGACUGCACACUGGUGAGACUCCGUUCAAGUGUCCAGUCUGUGGUCGCGGAUACGCACAACGGUGCAACAUGAAAAGCCAUAUUCGAAUACACAGGGUUUCUGAACUUGAUGAGGAGACUAGGAGUAAAAUCAAGCCAAAUUAUCUCAGGUUAAUGAAGGCAUAGUGCAAUAUUAUAGUGUAAAGUUUACAGUGUAAGGUGCAAAUCUUUUUUUAUAGUUAAUGUUAAUAAAGUUAAAGGUUUAUUUAAAUGUUACUCUUGUAAUGUAGAUAAGUAUACUAUGCUGGGUAUAAACCGUAUAAAAGAGUUGUUUUUAUACUUAUUCAAAAUUUUAAUUAAAAUAUAUGUUUGGUUUACUUAUGUUACUGUAAUAUUAAAUUUGUGCUAUACAGUACAUUUGAUUGUUUCUGUAUGUUUUAUUAAAAAAUAAUAAUAUUUAUGUGAUUGUGA